AUGAUUCUUGAGAAAACGGUGGAUAGGUCUAAAAAAGAUUGGUCUACAAAGAUUGAUGAUGCUUUAUGGGCCUAUCGCAACGCGUUCAAAACUCCUAUUCGCACCACACCAUACAAGCUUGUUUAUGGGAAGUCAUGCCACUUGCCGGUAGAACUUGAGCACCGAGCUCAUUGGGCUAUCAAAACAUUGAAUUUCGACCUUCAAAGCGCUGGUGAGAAUAGGUUGCUUGACCUCCGCGCCUUGGAAGAAUUGAGAAUGGAUGCAUAUGAGAGUGCAAGGAUCUACAAAGAAAAGACCAAGGCUUGGCAUGACGAUAAUAUUAGCAAAAGGGAGUUUAAAGAAGGUGACAAGGUCCUACUAUUCAAUUCCCAGACGAAGUUGUUUCCGGGUAAGCUCAAGUCAAGAUUGAGUGGGCCUUUCACCGUUAAGAAGGUGUUUCCAUACGGAGCAAUUGAGAUUUCAAAUGACAAUGGUGAAUCGUUCAAAGUGAAUAGCCAAAGGCUUAAGGCAUACUUUGACGGUUUUGUACAUAAGGAAGCCAAGGUUGUUCACCUUGAUGAGUUUGAUGUUCCUUACUCUCAUUGA